UUAGCUGGAUCAAACAGUUAAGAAGGAAGAGUCUAUAAAUACUGAUUCCUAUGCACAUGGUCCUUCAGAAAUUCUUCAGCCUCUCUGAGUACACUGAGAAUAAAGAGGAACAUCCAUCCAAUCUCAUCACAAUGAAACAAAGCACUAUCCUUCGCACAAUCUUCCUGCUUUGCUGGAUCUUAAUUAUUCUGCCCAGGGUUCAAGGAUCCCCACUCUUAAGAAAUAUACGGUGUCGAUGUAUCAAGUCUUAUGAUGCUGUCCCUAAUGUGAAAGUCUUACAAAAACUUGAAGUAAUUCCCCAAAGUUCAUCAUGUUCACAUACUGAGAUCAUUGCUACAAUUAAGAGAACUCAAGAGCAAAGAUGUCUGAACCCUGACUCUAAGCAAAUACAAAAUUUAAUUAAAUUAAUUAACAAUAAAAGGUCUACAGAAACUUCUAAAAUCAGAAGUAGAAAUCACCCUACUGCUCCUAAGAGGAUGGACUAGGAUGUGGCCAAAUAUGCCUCUUCUCCUCAAUGAACUUCAAGCAAUAAGAACUGCUGUAUAAAUUAGUAAUAAUAGUUAGCACUUUACAUAGUGCUUGAAAGUUUACAAAGUGCUUUACAUGUUUUUUCAUUUGAUUCUCACAAAAUCCUUGUGAGAUAGGUGCUAUUAUUGUUAUUGCUACUGUUAUAUAAAUGAAGGUAUUGAGACUGAGAGAGAUUAAGUGACUUGUCCAGCGUGAAAGAACUAGUAAGUGCUUGAAGUUGAAUUUGAAUUCAGAUCUUCCUCACUUCAAGUCUAGUACACUAUCUUCUGUACUACUUAGUUGCCCAGAUGACAAGCCAUAAGUCACUAGGACUUAAUGGUUGUUUAAAAAGAAACUGGUUAUCUAGUAGGAAGAUGUCAAGAAAAUCCUGGCUCUGUCCUUUAUGCCCUUUGGAUAACCCUAAGAAAAUGAUUCUGGUAUUCAUUGGCACUCGGUUUCAUCAUCUGUAAAAGAAAAGAGCUGGACAAAAUAACUGAUUAAAUCCCUUCUAGUUCUAAAUCUGAUUUGAGGGCUGUGUGGCACUCAAGUGGUCCUAGAACCACCUCACAAACUCUGAGAUCUUUCUUAAUCCCCACCAGAGACUGGUCCAGACCCCCAACAUGCCUUCACUGUUAAACUGUUAAAAUAACUGGAUGACAAGACUUAAUGAUGUGCUAGGCAGACAAACUGUUUUUGUAUAGAGAUAAAAAGCCUGUUUAGUUACUGUGUGUUUCUAUUUUUUUUUCCCUGACAUGGCUUAUCUUUUAUUUAUUUAUUUUUUGUUUUGAACUUGAACAUCAAAUAAAUAUUUCUAUAUUCAUGAUAAAACAGAGGGGGUUGUAUAUUCAUCUGCGAUUACUGCUUGCUUUUUACAAAUAAAUUCAACAUGUACAAUAGAACAAAUACUUAUACUCAGGCAAAAUACAUUCUCAGAAAGGUUGUGUCCAAACAUGU